AAUAGCUUGAUAAAGAGAGAUAGGUAUAUUAUGGUCUCUCCAAAAAUUAUGACUGAAGAGAAAAAAGUUUGGAGUAAAGGGAUUCGAAAGAAGGUGAAGAACACUAUGUCCAUAGCAUUAAAGAAACAUAAGAUUGAUAGUUAUAUCUUACUAGACCUUGAUAAGGUAUUAGAUGAUGUCUACUGCUCUGUUCGACCGGUUCCUGCUGAUUAUGAUACUAGGAAGGAAUUGGUGAAAAACCUUAAUACAAUGGCUAAUGAUAUUUAUGGUGAUUCAGAAGAGAGCAGCCCAGUCCUUGAGGCGUACGGGUCUUUCUUGAUGGAUAUGUAUUCCUCUCAGAGUGAUUUGGAUUUGUCUAUUGUCUUUGGCAACGUAACAUCUGAACUUCCUCAUGGAAAGAAGCUUCAUAUACUUGAAAGAUUUGCGAAAGAACUCCGCUCGUUGGAGGGGAAAGGCUUAGUUAGGAAUGUUGUAACUGUCUCCACAGCUAGGGUGCCAAUUGUCAAAUUCUUUGAUCAAGGGACUGGUAUCUAUUGUGAUUUGUCAGUUGAAUGCAAAGAAGGGAUUUUAAAUUCACAGAUCAUUCGUAUUAUAUCUCAAAUUGAUGACAGGUUUCAGAAACUUUGUUUGUUGGUUAAGCAUUGGGCCAAAGCACAUAGGGUUAACAAUGCAUCAAGCCAAACCCUGAAUUCUAUAUCUAUAACAUUGCUCGUCGCUCAUCAUUUACAGACUCAAAACCCUCCCAUUUUACCUCCAUUCUCUACACUUUUUAAAGAUGGGAUUGAUCCUCCUAAAGUGGAGAGAAGGACUCAAAAGUUCUUGAAUUGGGGACAAUGUAAUCAAGAAUCUCUUGGUAAACUGUUUGCAACAUUUUUUAUUAAGUUGCAAUCUGUAGAAGUCCUUUGGAAGCAAGGGCUCUGUGCAAGUGUGCUGCAAGGUCUUUGGAUAUCUAAAAAGAGGAGAAAAGCUCAUAUUAGUGUUGAGGAUUUUACAGACGUGUCUAAAAAUUUUGCAAGGUCGGUUACUACCAAAGGAGCGGUGAAGAUACACAGCUCAAUAAACAAAACCGUGGAUAACAUUUUGGAGUUCCUCAAUGGCAAGAUCACUGGAACAGAACUUAAACACAGCUUAUUUGAACAACAAACUGUUAAUGUUGUUGAGCCUUCUCCUACUGUGUUGUCGCCACUAAUCAAUGUUUGCUCAAAACAACAACCUCAUAACAACAAGAGAAAGGAGUUUGUUGGACUUGUUGAUGAAGAAAACAAAAGAGUCUGUUUGGAAAACGGACACAGAGCUGUUAGAGGAAAUGGUGGUUUGGUUCAUCACCAUAGGCAUGAUGGUAGGUUUAGUGGUGAAGAACCAAUGCCUGUUGGUCUGUGGCAUGAGUACAGUCAACGUUUAGAUCUGCCUCUACCGCCACCACCUUAUGGUAGUGUUCUUUAUGAUAAAUUUGGUCUUUACUAGUUAGGGUUUUUAGUUGCGAUUGUUUUACUCGUAAGUCAAAAAAUAUCUUUAAGAGUAAAUAGAUAAACUUAUUUUUGCCUUAA